CACUCCCGUGCCGGAAGUGAACGGCACAGCGCCGGAAGCGGCCGGAGGAAGGUCCUCGUGGAGUAGACGCCAGCAUGGGGCAGUCGGGGCGGUCCCGGCACCAGAAGCGAGCACGCGCCCAGGCUCAGCAGCGCAACCUCGAGGCCUACGCCGCGCAGCCGCACUCGUUCGUGUUCGCCCGGGGCCGCGCGGGUCGCGGCGUCCGGCAGCUCAGCCUGGACCUACGGCGGGUCAUGGAGCCGCUCACCGCCACCCGCCUGCAGAUACGGAAGAAAAAUUCUCUGAAGGAUUGUGUGGCAGUGGCUGGGCCCCUGGGGGUCACUCAUUUCCUGAUACUGAGCAAAACGGAGACUAAUAUCUACUUUAAGCUGAUGCGCCUCCCAGGAGGCCCCACCUUGACUUUCCGGGUCAACAAGUACACACUGACACGCGACGUGGUCUCCUCGCUGCGCCGCCACCGCAUGCAUGAGCAGCAGUUCACCCACCCUCCCCUCCUGGUGCUCAACAGCUUCGGCCCCCUUGGCAUGCACGUGAAGCUCAUGGCUACCAUGUUCCAGAACCUGUUCCCCUCCAUCAACGUGCACAAGGUGAACCUGAAUACCAUCAAGCGCUGCCUUCUCAUCAAUUACAACCCUGACUCCCAGGAACUGGAUUUCCGCCAUUAUAGCAUCAAAGUUGUCCCUGUGGGCGCAAGUCGUGGGAUGAAGAAGCUUCUCCAAGAGAAGUUCCCCAACAUGAGCCGCCUGCAGGACAUCAGCGAGCUGUUGGCCACGGGUGCAGGACUGUCGGAGAGUGAGGCAGAGCCCGACGGCGAACACAACAUUACAGAGCUGCCCCAGGCCAUCGCAGGCCGCGGCAACAUGCGGGCCCAGCAGAGCGCCGUGAGGCUCACUGAGGUGAGGCCCCCGAGGCUGAGGCACCUCCUCCCGCAGCCCCCGCCUUGCAGGAGGACUGACUCUUCCUCCCUGUCCCUCCAGAUCGGACCUCGGAUGACGCUGCAGCUGAUCAAGAUUCAGGAGGGUGUCGGGGAGGGGGACGUGCUCUUCCAUAGUUUCGUGCACAAGACAGAGGAGGAGCUGCAGGCCAUACUGGCGGCCAAGGAGGAGAAGCUGCGGCUGAAGGCCCAGAGGCAGGACCAGCAGGCCCAGAAUGUCCAGCGUAAGAAGGAACAGCGAGAGGCCCACAGGAAGAAGAGCCUGGCGGGCAUGAAGCGGACACGGGCAGAGGCUGAUGGGGACAGUGAUGCCGAGGACCCCGGGGCCCCCCCGGAGGCAGACAGAGCUGGCCAGCAGGAGGAGGAGGAUGAAGCUGAGUAUUUCCGCCAAGCAGUGGGCGAGGAGCCUGACGAAGACAUGUUCCCAAAUGCCCGGCGGAGACGGUCCACCAGGCCUCCAAGCAAGAAGCAGCGCUUAAAGCAGCGGAGGCCAGACCGGGGCAGCGACCACAGGCCUCCGAAAGCCAAAGGCAGGCCCCGGGGGACCCAAGCCAAGGGGCCUCCAGGGGCUGUUCAGAACUAUGGCCGAGGCCGAGCACAGCGACUGAAGAGAGUGGCCUGAGGUUGCACCUGAGCAGCGGGUUAAGUGCCCCAGAUUGGGGCCCAGAGAUGCUGCCCCGGGCUCCUGCCGGGGCGUCCAGGGGCAGCCCUCUUUCCUUUCAUAAAGGAGCUGGUUCCCCAACCUUCUAAUAAACACUGAUUUCCCA